AGAAAGGAGAUAACAGCAGAAGCGCCCCCGGCGUAGUUCCGACAGCCAGUGAGAAAACAAUUGUUGAGAGCGUAACAAAUGACGACAGGGGAAUAUCUGCCAUGAGACGCUGCAUCCUACCUUACUACUCAAAAAGGUAUGCAGAGAUGCUUUUGAUUGGAGAAUCAUCCUGCAAAGUAAAUUCUUUGUUCCUAACAACUAGAGCCAUGGAGGAGCAGCAAGAUCAGCAAGCCCAUGAACUCCAAGCACACAAUAAGAAGAUUGACAUGUCUUUAGAUGACAUCAUAAAACUUCAAAAUGAGCCUGCCUCAGACCAAUCAGGGCAGCAGAGAAGAAAUAAAUCUUUCCCUAAAAAGAGAUUUUUCAGAGGAGUGCAAACAAAUCAGCAAGGAUUUAGACAUAGACCGUACUUGAAACAACAGGUCUAUUCAGGAAUUAACUUGCAAAAUAAUGGUGUUGGUCCUAUAACUAGAAGGAAAGCUGCAUUGCUGAAAGGGGUGAGUCCCCUGAACCGUCAGAAUUCAAAUAAACAGGAAACACCAAACAGCCAAAGGCAACCACAAACUCGGGGAAAUCGUCAGCAACGCCAGAAAGGUUAUAGACCAGCCUCUACACCUGUUCAAGGCUUAAACAGAAUUAAUACACAGAACAGACGGUCACAGUUCAAUUUGGCAAAGAGGCAGCAACAAUCAAAUGUAGUCAACCAGAGCAGAGGACUUACAAAACAAAUAACUCCAAGAACAUACGCAAGAAGAUGGCAAAGAGAAGAAGCAUUUGGAUCAACUUUAACAGUUUCUGUUCAAAAUCCCAAAGCAAGCCAAAUGAAAAAAUUUGGCAGGCCAGCAAAUAAAGGUUCUGAAGGGAGAUUUAGGAAACAAACAGCUAAGUCCACAGAUCCACCUCCAAAGGGAGUCCCACUGAGAUUUAAUUUCCGUGCAAUGGCCAAUCACACCAAUGUAACACUCAAUGAUAGGUUCUCCACUUUCAAGACUAAAGGGCAGUUUUCAACAACGCCAAGAAGAGUUGGCCGAACGGUCAUGCUUGCUUAAGUGUAUUAGACUGCAAGAAAAAUAAUGUAGUCAAAAAUGUCAGUUGUCACCGUUGACUGAAAGGUGUUCCAAAAUUCCAAUGAAUAGGACAUGUUAUUGUUAUAUUACUAACUGAUCCUUGUCAUUAAUAUUUUGGUAAAUGGAGAAAAAGAAAAGCUGAUCACAAUACCAAGUAAGAGAUUCUACCUGUUGAAGACCAAUCAUUUGUUAACCUUAUUUCACAAAUUUAGCAGUUUGUGUGCCAGUGUAUAAGCUGCUGUUAUUUAAAUAAAAAAUGUAUGUUUGAAACCCA